AUGGCGUCAUCGUCGGUGACCUCCAUUUUCUCUCUCCUCCUGAUCUCCUCAAUCCUCUCGGCCGUCUCAGCCCGACCCGGCCUCCCUUUCCACCCCUGCAACACCCUCAUCGUUUCCACCUACUCCUUCUCUUUCCUCCCUCAAAACCCUAACUCCGACAUCCCAAACAACCCCCAUUUCAUCGUCGUCUCCGCCGAUCUCCGCCCUCUCCUCCGCCACCACCAACUCCGCCCCCGUCGUUUCAUGCCCUUUUCCGUCGUCGACAAAACCCAGAAGCCCGAAUUCAGACCCGAACAACCCAUCAAUGAAAGACCCGAAUUCCUGCCUCUUGGGUUCAGUUCUUUGAGGGAAAGAACCAAGGAUAUUCUCAGUGUUGUUGCUUCGCUUCUCUUUGGUGCUGCUUGUGGUGCUCUUACUGCUGGAACCAUGUACUUGAUUUGGUCCUUGUUCAAUCACGGACAUGGGUCUUACCGUUCUUUGGAUGGGUUUAACAGCGAUAGCGAUGACGAUAACGAUGAUGAUGAUAUCUUUAAUCCUAAGAAACCUGGCUAUGUUGCUAUUCCUGCUUCCCCUGUUAAGGGUGUUGAUUCUGCCCCUGUCCCUGUCGUUGCUGUUGCCGCCCCGGUUCCCGCUCCUGCUAAGGAGUCUGCGUGA